AUGAAGCCGGCGAUAUUCUUCCCCUUCGCAGCAACCCCGCUCACUUACAUCUGUAGGGGACUGCUUCUUGCUUUUGGAGUGUUUCAAACCUAUUAUCAAGAGGAAUUGCUUCCGGGCGAAUCUUCCUCAAGCUUAGCAUGGAUUUCUACAACGUCGGCUUUUAUCCUGCUGGCGAGUGGACUCGUGACUGGGCCUUUAUUUGACUGCGGCUAUCUUCGUCCGUUGCUUGUGACUGGCAGUCUCUUGGAAGUAUUUGGUCUUAUGAUGCUCAGUGUUAGCACUCAGUAUUACCAAGUGCUUUUAUCACAGGGAAUUUGUGUUGGCUUGGGAGCAGGAAUGAUUUUUGUCCCGAGUCUGUCCGCUGUUGCUGUUUGUUUGGAGGACGCUCGCCGGGCAAAGAUCAUUGGCCUGCUAGUGACUACAGCUGGCUUUCCCUGGGCAAUUCGAACCAUCGCCUUCUUAAUUGUUGCCACUUUUGUCUUCUCUAGUCCAGUCCUGGGGGUGUAUAGGUCGAGUAGAAGCCCUAUGGUACGAGCCUGGAUAUACAUUUCUGCCUUUACAGACAAGGCCUUUGUCUCUAUUUUAUGUGGCGCUGUUUUUAGUGCAACGGUUUUUUAUCUUCCAAUGCUGUACUUGCCCCUCUUUGGCACGACUACUGGCGGGAUCCGCAACGCCAACCUCGCUUUCUAUUUGGUUUCAAUUGCCAACGGUGCCUCCGUAUUUGGCCGACUUCUAUGCGGUCUUCUCGCGACUGCCAUUGGUCCAAUUGAGACGUGUGGGUUGGCAGUAGCCAGCAGUGCUAUCGUGCUUUUCUGCUGGCUCGCUGUCGUGUCACCUGUGGGCUUGAUAAUCUGGUCUAUCGCCUGGGGGUUCAUUUCAAAUGCCAUUGUAGCCAUGCCUGGUGCGAUCGUGCCUUGCUUAGCUCCAUCGGUUAACAUGAUAGGUACUCGCACUGGAAUGCUUUGGACCGCAGUAGCAAUCGGCAUGCUGAUUGGGAGCCCAAUCGCAGGGGCGCUGAUUGAAUACGGUGAUGGAAAUAUCAAGUGGUGGCGUGUCCAAUUGUUUGCAGGCCUUUGCAUGGCAAUUUCGAGUUUUUUCUUCGUUUACCCAACGGUCUAUGUACGAAGGAAGAAAUCGGGGCUGUGA